CUAAUGAGCACGUAGCAAAUGUAUAGAACUCAGUGUCCGUGUGGCAUAAACUCGAACAAAUUGUGACGUGCACAGUGGAAAAGAAAAACUGCGGAAUUAAGAAAAAAAAAAAGAAAAGAUUUUUGCACAAAUUAAAAAAAAAUAGAUAAGAUUAAUGUUAUAAAAUAAGUAAUUGACAGAGCUAUACAUAAGAAAAACCCAAUAAAAUUAAAAUAAAUUUAACAAAAAAUAAAAAUUAUGAGCAGCAGUGAGCAAAAUAAUUAAUUAAACAACAAAAAAGCCAUGAAAUUCUAUAGAAAAAGAAAAUUUUUAUUGUGGAAAGAAAAAAAGUGAAGAAGAAAAAAAAAUUUUUUUUCAGCUGCGUUAGAAGAAGAAAAACUUGCUGCUGCUCAAGUGUUUCAAAAAAAAAAUAAAAACGGGAAAGGGGAAAAUAAAAGGAAUUAUCUUUAAAACAAACGUUGCAGCAAAACAGUGAGCAGAAGGGAAAAUGCCAGCAAUAUUAAAAAGCAAUAUGUAUAAUAGAAGGAGAGGAACUUAAGGAAAGGAAGUUUCAGAAAGGAAAAACAAAAACCUGGAACUAGAAUUAUAAAAACUAACAAGGAAAAUUAAAGCAAAGAGCUAUAGAAAUAUCAUAAAAACUGUGAGAACGGCAGGGUUGCUCUCCAAAUUUUGUUUUUGCAACUUUUGUAUAGAAUUAAUUUUAGCUUAAAAUUGCUGACGACCACUGCAGACCACUGAAGCCCAUUUCAUUUUGGGUGUUUGGUUAGUUAAUUGUAUUGAAACAUUCCUCCACAUAGCAUGGCCUCGGUCGCCGCUUGGCUGCCAUUUGCACGGGCGGCGGCCAUUGGUUGGGUGCCCAUAGCCACCCAUCCCUUGCCACCAGCUCCCAUACCCAAAGAUAGACGCAAAACCGAUGAUGAGAAGCUUUUAAUCAAUGUCUCCGGGCGACGCUUCGAGACUUGGCGCAAUACUUUAGAAAAAUAUCCCGAUACUCUGCUGGGCUCCAAUGAGCGUGAGUUCUUUUACGACGAGGACUGCAAAGAAUAUUUCUUUGAUCGAGAUCCCGAUAUAUUCCGGCACAUAUUAAACUAUUAUCGCACGGGCAAAUUGCAUUAUCCGAAACAUGAAUGCCUCACCAGCUACGAUGAGGAAUUGGCCUUUUUCGGCAUUAUGCCGGAUGUCAUUGGUGACUGCUGUUACGAGGACUAUCGCGAUCGUAAAAGAGAGAAUGCCGAACGGCUGAUGGAUGAUAAGUUGUCGGAGAAUGGUGAUCAGCAUUUGCAGCAAUUAACAAAUAUACGCCAGAAAAUGUGGCGGGCCUUUGAGAAUCCGCACACCUCGACGGCCGCCUUGGUGUUUUACUAUGUGACGGGCUUCUUCAUUGCCGUCUCGGUGAUGGCCAAUGUUGUGGAGACGGUGCCUUGUGGUCAUCGGCCCGGUCGUGCUGGUACACUGCCCUGUGGCGAACGCUACAAAAUUGUAUUCUUCUGUUUGGACACCGCCUGCGUUAUGAUCUUUACCGCCGAAUAUCUGCUGCGCCUGUUUGCCGCCCCCGAUCGCUGUAAAUUCGUGCGCAGCGUCAUGAGCAUCAUCGAUGUGGUGGCCAUCCUGCCCUACUACAUCGGCCUGGGCAUAACGGACAACGACGACGUGAGCGGCGCGUUCGUAACGUUGCGCGUCUUCCGCGUAUUUCGUAUCUUUAAGUUUUCACGUCACUCGCAGGGUCUCAGAAUUCUGGGCUACACUCUCAAAUCGUGUGCUUCCGAAUUGGGUUUUUUGGUAUUCUCGCUGGCCAUGGCCAUCAUUAUCUUUGCUACCGUCAUGUUCUAUGCCGAGAAAAACGUCAAUGGUACCAAUUUCACAUCAAUACCGGCCGCCUUCUGGUACACCAUUGUCACUAUGACCACCCUGGGUUAUGGUGAUAUGGUACCGGAGACAAUAGCUGGCAAAAUAGUUGGUGGUGUUUGUUCAUUGAGUGGUGUCCUUGUGAUCGCCUUACCCGUACCUGUUAUUGUAUCUAACUUUAGUAGAAUUUAUCAUCAAAAUCAACGAGCUGAUAAACGAAAAGCACAAAGAGUCCAUUUACAGAAAGCCCGAUUGGCCCGCAUACGCAUUGCAAAGGCGUCAUCGGGUGCCGCCUUUGUUAAUAAAAAGAAAGCCGCCGAAGCCCGAUGGGCUGCCCAAGAGUCAGGUAUUGAGCUGGACGAAAACAUUCGAGAUGAGGACAUUUUCGAGUUACAGCAUCAUCAUUUGCUAAGAUGUUUAGAGAAAACAACGAUGUAGCAACCAUUUGUUAUAAUUACAAAAAGCAAUGACAACAUAUGUAUUUUUUAUAAAAUUUAAAUUAAAAAAAACUCUACAAAAUUUAAUGAAACUAAACCACAAAAGAAAGAAAGAAAAACAACUAAAUUUUAGCAGAUGAAAAUAAUUUAAAGAAAAUCACGUUUAAACUACCUUUUUUUUGAAACGUGUAAGCCCAGCAUUCUACCAGGCAAACAUGUUAGUAAAACUAUGGCCAAAGUGCGUAAAAAAUUUCAAAUUUUUUUACUACAAUAUAAUUUCAUUGUAAUUUUUGUGUGCAAUUUAC